AUGCUGACAUUUAACCAGCUGAUCAUUUUGCUUUUUUUGACCAGCAUCAGCUCAGCUGGUGCAGAGAAACUUUUCCACAAUCGGGACCAUUCUGAUGUCCGAGCACUCAGUUCUCACGAGGCCGAGGUCAUAACUGAUGAUUACACAGCAGAGUUAUUUCUCUCUAGAUAUGGUUUUAUGAAGCCAGUGAACUGGGAGGAGGCUGAGUUUGAAGGCGCAUACACAGACUUCAGUGAUGAUGAUUUCCCGGAUGACUUUCAAGCCAUGCUCCAGGAGGGAGCGUCCGUGUCUCAUUCACGGGAUUCCCCUCAAGAGGAUGAUCAAGAUCUAGAGAGCAAAGCUUUUAUUUCAGCACUUAAAGACUUCCAGAAGAUGUCGGGCCUGCCCGUCACAGGCGUGUUUGACGACUCAACAAAGCUGGCAAUGAACAAACCAAGAUGUGGCGUCCCUGACAAGGAGAUGGACCUGGAAUCCUCUGAAUACAACAGUGUCUUAGACACUGAAAGCAGUCCUUAUGAUCCUUUUAAUGAGACUGACAGCAACAGUACAGCAAGUGACAUAACCAGUGUCACUUCUUUUGGUGCAGGAAACUCCUCAGAAGACUACUCAUUUAAUCUUAACGACACAGAAAGUGUCCUCGCAGGCAUUUUCAACGACACCAGCACAAACUACACAGACGAAUUCAGCUUAUUCAGUGACACCCCCACGAACAGCUCGCACGACAUCACCACAGACAGUCAAGCGGUAGAUACGAGUGCAAACGUGCAUCAGAGCAAAGCAGUGCGACGCAGGAAACGUCACCUCGCAGCUCUCGUGUUCAAGAGAAGACGCAAGAGAGACCUGAGCGAGACGGGUUACAUGGCCUUUUCUAAGAAAGUGCUGAGGUGGAGGCUCAUUGGCGAAGGCUACAGCAGCCAGCUGUCUGUCGACGAGCAGAGGUACAUCUUCAGACUGGCCUUCAGGAUGUGGAGCGAGGUGUCUCCGCUGGAGUUUGUGGAGGACACACGUUCCCCACUGGAGGAUGUCGACAUCAGGCUGGGCUUUGGUACAGGAAGGCAUCUAGGGUGUAAUCAGAAGUUUGAUGGCACGGGUCAAGAAUUUGCUCACGCGUGGUUCCUGGGUGACAUACACUUUGACGACGAUGAGCAUUUCACUGCUCCCAGUGCUGCCAGUGGGAUCAGUCUUCUCAAAGUGGCAGUUCAUGAGAUCGGUCACGUCUUAGGCCUCCCUCACAUAUACAGACCUGGAUCUAUAAUGCAGCCCAGUUAUCUGCCACACGGCUCUGGCUUUGAGAUGGACUGGAUGGACAGGAAGGCAAUACAGCACCUCUAUGGGGGCUGUAAAGGUCGUUUCAACACUGUGUUUGACUGGAUCAGAAAGGAGAAGACACCGUACGGGGAGGUGGCCAUCCGCUUCAACACGUAUUUCAUGAGAGACGGCUGGUACUGGCUCUAUGAGAACAGAAACAACCGCACACGUUACGGUGACCCGGUCACACUACAGAUCGGUUGGCGUGGGAUUCCUGUGGAUGGAGUGGAUGCAUAUGUCCAUAUGUGGUCCAGAGCAAGAGAUGCUGUUUAUUUCUUUAAAGGUACUCAGUUCUGGCGGUACGACACAGAGAAUGACAAGGUUUUCAAACAGGACUCAGAAGGGCAUCGCUAUCCAAGGUUGAUCUCUGAGGGUUUCCCAGGGGUUGCCAGUCCCAUUGACACAGCCUUUUAUGACAGGAGAGACUCCCACAUCUACUUCUUCAAAAACACACUUGUGUAUGCAUUCAACGUCGAAGCCAACAGCUUGGCAAGAGGCUUCCCCAGAAACAUCAGAGACGUUUUCCCUCCCGUGGCAAGCGGAGACCAUCCAGAUGGCAACAUCGAUGCCGCCUACUUCUCCUACACCCACAAUGCCAUCUUUCUACUUAAGGGCACGCGUUUCUGGCAGGUGGUGGGCGGCCGCGAUCGCUGGCGCCGGCCCUUUGUACCACGAAAUGGCCUGCUGCCACACAAGGAGGUGGAUGAGCACUGGUUCGACAUCUGCAACGUUCAUCCCACUGCACUCAAACUAACCCGCUGAGAUCUAAUAAACGCCAUUGAUGUGUUCCGAUGAGCUCCAAAACAAUCCCGCUGAUAAAGAAAUCCAGAACACAUUUAUUUCUAGUUUUUUAAACACACUGUUUUACAUAUCAAUGUGUAAUGUAGCCCGAAAGCUGCUUUCUGUAAAGCUUGACUUUGAAAUGGAAACACUUACAAGGAAAAAGCAAUG